ACAUGCACUAGUCUCCGACGCAAAUAUAAUAACGAGCACACAGCUAUACACAACGAUCAGUUUGUCUGGUGUCUUUGUAGGGGAUAAACGUUCGGAUAGAGCGCGCCCAAAGGCAGCGAUCUUUUCUUUUUUUUAUUUGGCUUCUAGCCGUUGUAUGGAGCGUGAAAAACCUACAUCAUUGGUGUUAGAGAGGCAGCGAGAGGCGCUCGCAAAGGGCGUCGAGGUUGCUAGCGAGCGAAGCGGAGACGAUGCCCAGCGGGAAGGCCCGGGGGCGGAGGCCGAGCCGGCCUCCCCCGCCGUCGGCCGCUGGGGCGCCGAAUGGCCGAGUUGACUCGCUUCGGUCGCGCGGGAAGAGCCGGAUCCACCGGAACCCGGCCUCGCCCGCGACGUGACCAGACUUCCCCUGCCGCCCGCGCGGUGGGGCCCGCCACGACGGCCGCUCGACCUGACACCGACUACGCAUGAGGAGCUCGCCACCAAGGCGGAGGCCGCUCUGCGCCGACUCCUCGUCACGGACAACUACGACUCCGUCAGCAACUUCAUCUCCCUCUUCGAGGCCUUCGAGAAAGCACCUGAACAACUCUACGACGUGUACGAGAAGUAUUCGCCGCCGAUACGGGCGAGGAAGCACACGUGUGUCGGAUUAGGGUUGGAGUUGAUCAAGAGGUGGCGAGGUUUGAACAAGGAGUUCGCCGGGUUCGCGGCGGCGACGGCGCUGCUGUCGUGCGAGGAGGCGGUGGUGGACGUGCGGGAGUACGUGUCGUGCGGCGACAGCCCCGCGGCGGUGGUCGCCGCCGAAAAGGAGCACGUGAUGGUGGGCGUGCAGAUUAGGAUCGACGGGCGGCCGGGACUCCUGCUGGCCGACCCGGGCUACCACGUGCCGCGGAUCGUCACCGUCAUGGCUGAUCGAGCGUACCCACAUACUGGUUGGUUCACACAAUCGGAUGAGCCGCACUGUCGCAAGGAGUACAACUACGUGUUCAGCCCCCAGAACAGCUCCUACGUGGAGUGGCAAGAGAGGGAGACCAGAGGAAGCGUGGUGAAGUGCCAAACCUCCCUGGUGUACGCCGCCAGGCCCUACCUGGACGGUGUCAAUGUUACUGAGAGGAGAAAUCUGGUCUACAACUUUAGGAGUCUUCUCUCUCGCGAUCAAAAGGGCCACCUGAUCGCCGGGCUGUACUUCCCGGUCGGCGCUCGGGGCAAGGAUGCACAAUUCACACUGUUCUUCGACAACGGUACCGAGAAACGGAAGACGAAGUACAAAUUCAGCACAUUCCUGGACACUGAUGACUUACCGCAAUCUUUAGACGAAGAAAUAGAACUCUGCAAUGCACAGAUGAACUACAAGGCUGGUGAACUACGUGGCAUCAUCUGCAAACUGGCAAAAGUCAUGUCCAACCAGUCAUUCAUAGACCAGAUGCUCGAGAUCAACGAUGACAUCUGCCGCCUGAGCCUCUGACAGUGGACACGAAAUGGCGUCCAAGACAAAAUGGCCAAUGACAAAAUGGCGGACGCCAACACUGAUGUAAUCAGUACUACACUUUAAAUUUAUAAAAUUUUUAUCUUUCUUUUCACCCAUUUUUCUUAGUUUUCUUAGAAUCAAGUAUUUUAACCGAAUUUCAAUAAGUACCUAUUAUUAAGUUCAGUAAAUAAUUUUGGGGAUGGGAUUUUGUUCACUUCGACUAUUAGAGGUUAAGAUUUAUUUGUAAAUUUCACUUUGAUUAUAAUUAUUUAAUUAUAAUUAUAUGCCAAAUAUUGUGUAUCUUAUGAUAAUAAUUUGCGCAAUUUGUUAUUUCCUAAAAUAAAUUUUGUUCCAACCACAA